AGCGGCGUGGAGCGGAGGAUGGAGGAGGAGAUGCAGGCGGCGGCGGCGGCGGGCGGGGAGGAGGCGCGCAUCCUGCCCAAGAUGUACCGGCAGCGGAGCCCCUACAGCGUGCUCAAGACCUUCCCCGGCAAGCGCGCCGCCCUGCCCCGGCGCUACGACCGACCCACCAUGGUGGAGCUGCCGCACGUCCGGGCGGCGGGGCAGCACUUCCCGCCGCCCGCCGCCAGCAGCAGCAGCGCCGACCCGCCGCCGCAGCACUACCCGGCGCACAGCCCCUACCUGAACGGGCCCGGCCGCGCCGCCCAGGGCCGCCCGCGGACGCCCGCGCCCCAGGCAGCCGCCUCGUCCUCGGGGCGCUACGGCCCCGGCCCCGGCCCGCCCGGCGACGGCGGCAGCCUGGAGCUGAGCGCAGAGAGUCGUAUGAUUCUGGAUGCCUUUGCCCAACAAUGCAGCCGGGUUCUUAGUCUUUUAAAUUGCGGUGGAAAACUGAUGGACAGCAAUCACUCUCAGUCCAUGAUUUCUUACAUAAAGCAGGAAAGCACAAGUUAUAGUGAAAGACAAGAGCAGUGUCAGCUUGGGAAACUUGUCCAUAGUCAGACACCAGACAAUUUAGACAUAGAGAUGCAGUAUAUGCAAAAGAAACAACAAACCUCAGCCUUUCUGAGGGUUUUUACUGAUUCUCUCCAGAACUAUUUGCUUUCUGGGAGCUUUCCAUCUCAAAACACCUCAUCAGUAAAUGAUUUUGGCCAUUUGGCAGAUGUGGAUCCACUUUCAACUUCUCCAGUACACACUUUAGGUGGAUGGACCUCCCCAGCAACCUCUGAAUCCCAUGGACAUCCAUCAUCUUCCACACUUCCAGAGGAGGAAGAGGAGGAGGAGGAGGAAGGGUACUGUCCCCGAUGUCAAGAGCUAGAACAGGAGGUAAUUUCACUGCAACAAGAAAAUGAGGAACUCCGGAGAAAACUGGAGAGCAUUCCAGUGCCCUGCCAGACUGUUUUAGAUUAUUUGAAGACUGUACUUCAGCACCACAACCAGCUUAUGAUACCACAGCCAACGGACCAUCCAACGGAGGGAAGCAAGCAGCUGCUGAACAACUAUCCUGUCUACAUCACUAGUAAACAGUGGGAUGAGGCUGUAAAUUCUUCAAAGAAAGAUGGAAGGCGGCUACUUCGAUAUCUCAUCAGAUUUGUUUUCACAACCGAUGAGCUUAAGUACUCAUGCGGCCUUGGAAAAAGGAAAAGGUCAGUGCAGUCAGGAGAGACAGGUCCUGAAAGACGUCCUCUGGAUCCAGUAAAAGUAACAUGUCUCAGAGAGUUCAUUAGGAUGCAUUGUACUUCCAACCCUGACUGGUGGAUGCCAUCUGAAGAACAGAUAAACAAGGUGUUCAGUGAUGCAGUAGGACAUGCUCGUCAAGGGCGUGCAGUGGGGACUUUCCUUCAUAAUGGUAACUCAUAUUAUGAAGGGACUGACCAUCCAGGUUCACAAGAUGAAGUCUUCAAUAGGGGCAUGCAAGAUGGAUCUGGAGAUUGAAAGCAAGGCAAGAAAAACCAUACAACUGUAGCAGAUGUUUUAAACUAGAAGAGACUGUUGGUUAGAUAUACUUACUUUGAAAUCAUUUAAGAGUCCAAAGCAUGUUCAAACUCAUACUGCAAACAUUCCAGCUUUUCCAUCCUACCCAGUGCCCCAGUUAACAAAGAAAUCUAUUUCAAGGCCUACCUGUGGAAUUUGUUUGUGCCUAUAAUUUUCAAGCCUUUCAUUGUUUCUAAAGGAAACUGCAAUUUCAUUUCAUAUCAUUCUAAAGAAAAUGUAACUUAACACAUUCUCAAGGUUGCAGACAGAAGUGCAGCUCCCAGCUGUAACUCAGAAGGAUUUUUGCAAAGCAUUCUGGGUUACAGUGUUACCCCAGACCAAACAGAAGUUCAGUGUUGGUUCCUGGGGAGAAGGGAAUCCAUCUGGGGCUGGGAGUCUGCAGCCAGGUUCCCAUAGCAACAGCCAGGGCUCUCAGCCAGCGCUGGCUGUUUUCAGAAUGGGCGGGGGAAGGGCAGUGGAGGGAGCUCAUGCUUGGGGCUCCCAAACUGGUGCUGAAGGGUGGGUGAAUUAGAGCCCCUCCCCUGCCCCACAACCCACCAGAGGGCUGAAAACCCCACAGACUGAACUCCCUCUGCUCACUUUCCCCCCUCCCAUUCUGAAAACAGCAAUGGGCUGGGAGCUCUGCAGACACAAGUUACAAGAGACAUUACAUUUUGUAGCAUCUUUGUCUGAUACCUCAUGUGAUGAGGGAUCAGGUUGUCACCUAAUUGGCCAUUUUUUAAGCUGUUUACAGCUGUUCACUUGUAUUUGGUCACAGGUAUAAACUGCUUUUUGUGGCCAGAUAAUUGUCACUUCUGUUUGCACCGCAAAUGACUAGAAACAUGUCUGCCUAUUGUCUGCCUAUUUGUUUUGCCUAAGAAGAGGUUUAGGAUCAAGCUCAGAGCUUGUGGCAAAAGAAGUGGCCUUCCAUUUUUUGACUAAAAAUAGCACAAUAAAUUAUAAAAGGUAGCUUAAACAUGUUAUAGUGCCCAUUUAAUUUUGUGUUCUCAGAUCCUAAACAACACUUCCUUUGUCCACUUAAUACCAUAAAAUUCCAGUGCCAGAGUAAAGUGGCAGUGGUUGUUGGCAGUUACAGAGGUAUCAAACAGUAACAGGUACUGCUAACCCACUAAAAAUUACUCUAUGUAAUUGAUAAAUACUAUAUUUAUCCAGUUGUUGAAAGGAUUAGAGCUAAUCACUGCAGUUUUCAUAAAAUGAGAUUACUAAACCACAAAUUGCCAUUUGAGGAGAUAGUUUUAUUAUUGUUGUUAUUAUUCUGCAGCAGUAUUAUAUAGCUUUAAAGAUUUUAAUUUGCAUUUGUUUGUGCCAUUGUCUGUGUUUUAUGCUCAUUGUCUGAUCUCUCUAAGAAUGUGCUGGUCCUCAUAAUCAGAUAGUCAGUGGUGCAUGCAGGGAGGGGUUCUACAAGAAGAACCUAAUUUAGCCUUUUGGCUGCUGGGCACUUAACCAAGGGAUCCAGGUUUAAAUAAGAGCUGUAAACAAAUACUUCUGCUAGGAAUGAAGCCAGGUCAGAACGGAACAUAAUAUUGAAAGGAAAUGCCAAGAUAAUAAAUUCAACUGCUUUGAGAUUUUUAAUAUCACAGCUAUGGAUCCAGUGCCACUACAGUAAUAUUGUGAAACAUAGAUGCACUCUGGAAACUAAUGCCAAAGAAAUGCUACCCUUCCCUCUCAUUUUCAGCAUUUUUCCAGUCGUCCUACUUCUUUCAGGUGAGUCAGGCUAUCCUCAUCACUACUGGAUGAGGAUUGGCUACAGAAUCAGCUUUUCUUGAGGCAACACUUCCUGUCUGAUGCACAUGUUGAACUGUAUUUGUUAGAUUGAUUUUUCUCCAUCUAUGAUCACCUUUACCUCUCUACCUCAUCUCUGCCAGUUUUCCUGAAUGUGUGCCCCCCUCCUCCCUCACACCACAGUUUAUGAAUCUUUAGCCAAGCAAAUCUGUUAACUGUUUCCAUGGUGACUACUGGUUUGGGACAACACUCUUCAUAAGCAACCAAAGGGUUCCUUGGACAUGAGGUGCUCUGAUAACUCCUAGGUGGUCAAGGGCAAAAUACUGAGACAGGUUCUCAAAUACUAAUUUCUCAAGUCAACAUGUUCCUGUUAUCAGCCUCUUCUUUGGCCACUGUUGAGAAGGGUCUCUUAUGGAUGUGGUGCCUCCUGUCAGUUGGCAAGGAAGCAUGGCAGCAUAUAAGCCACUUCAGCACUGUGUAUUUUCUGAACAAAACCAUGCUUUCCUUACAGCUUCUAACAGGCUGUACCUGGAUGGUGUUUCAGAAAAUAAUCUUCUGAAUGCACCCUCCAGCUACUGUCUAGCUUAAUAUGUGCUUUAGGCCCUUAAACAUCCAAUACCUCUUAAUUCAUUUUUAUUUUUUCUAAUGUUGUUAAAGUGUUUUUUUAAAUCUCUCAUUUAACUUAGAGCAAGAAAGUUAAUUUCUGAAAAUGAAUAUAUAGCUUAAUUGCAUUGGUCCCUGUAUGCCAUUGGUAUUUUGACCAGUAGCUCUCUUGGCAGCCAAGAUGAAGUUCUGCUUAAAAAUCAGUAGCAUAAGAUGGCCCAUUGCGAGGAAGCUCAAUGUCUAAAAAUGUUAGUGUAGAUAUCCAAUAAUGACUUUUCAUUGUUAAACUUAAACUUUUUUUAAAAAAAAGAACAGUUCUAGAAGCUGUUACCUUGCUCUGAUGGUGCAAGUCUUGCUGGUUUACAUUUAAUGUGAUGACACUUACCAGAGCUACUUGGCAAAACAUGUCAGAAUGUGCGACUGUUAAUCUUGUCUACAGUAGUAUGUACCAGGAUGUAUUUUUGUAAACAGUGCAAGUUUCUUUCCAAUAUUUAACUGUAUGGGAUUAAAAGCUUCAUUUUUAAUAAUAUAGAACAAUAUUACUGAACUGGAUAGACCUCUCUCUAUUAAUAAUUUGUUAAAGCAGCUUCUAAGCUUAGUCUUUAUUUUUAGUAUAAAGCAUAGUCUGUCUUCUGCCCUAUACUGCUGGUAUAAUUCACAAAGAUCACUCAAUGCUGUGCUCUCCUAGUGCGCAAAGUAACCAAAUUUAUAGAAUGAUUCCGGAAAGCUCCAUACAUAUGGAAACAGCCUUCCUGUUUUGACUCAAAUAGAACAAUUUUUUGCUCUAGCUGAGUGUUUGCAUCCAUCAUAGAGCUGUCAUAGAUGUGCAGAGGACAUGAUCUAGUCAGUCAGUCAGCCAUUUAUGUGUUUUGUUUUUAAAGUAGUAGACUAAAUCUCUGUCCUUGGUUUAUGACAACAACAUUGGCAUGUUAGUUCUUGACCAAAAAUCACUUAAUUUAUAACUUUUCACAACUGUUUAUUCUAAUUAGUCCCAGGAAUAUAUUCAUCUUGCAUUGUAAAUCAAUUUAUGCUAAAAUCAUUUAUGAAAUUACAAGAACCAAGAAAUAAUACUACGGGAGAACUAGGGACCAGAAGUAACAGAAAUAGCAUCUAAGCCAUUGCCCAGCAUGUUUAAGCACUGUGUUUUGUAAAGCAUCAUAUUAAUUUAUGAUGUUAUAUGUAAAUGGAAAACUUGUAACAGAAGGGAAUUACUAUUUAUCAUGUCACUCCAAACAAUCCCAGAAGAUUAGAUCCUAAUCUUACCCUACCAUGUACCAACUUGCUGUUAUUUAUGUAUCUACCCCCUGAACUAUCGUGUAGCAGUACCGCACGUCCAUCAGUGCCAACAUGCCUUUGCUCUAUUUUCUAUAACAAAUAUUUGUGGAAAAACUGUGAUUAAAAAGCCCAUUAAUCCUAAUAUUUUUAUUGUUAAGGUGUAUGUAAUUCUAUGAAUACUUUCUAAUAAUAACUGUACUGUGUAGAGUAACUACAAGCUAGGGAUAGAUCAAUACCAGAUACUGUACAACAAAGUGCAUAGUGUAAUAUAGACUAGUAGGUUUUUUGUGACAAUUUCUAUAGGAAGUGUGAAUUGUUUUCUAUGUGGCAGCACACAUUUCUUUUAGAAAAUUAAAAAUGUUAGAUAAUUUUUUAAACAGUCAAUAUUUUUUAAUUAUAAAAACAUUUGUUACUACAGUUUGCUAUUCCAGGUGUUAAUCCUAAUUUGAAUAUUAGUUUUAUUACUGCAUACCUCCAGUUCCAUUUGUUCUGUUGCAUAACAAUGCACAAUAAAAGUUAGUCUCUGGUUAA